GUAAAGUCGAUUCAAUGAAUCGGAUGAAUCUUUUGAUUGUCUCUUUUAUUCAUUAACAGAUGGCAAUGUCUUUGUAUUAAUUUUAUGCUUUCUAAUAACGUUAUUCAGUGUUUCUUAAAGGUUAACCGUUAAGCUAUCUAAUUAUAUUCAAUCUGGAGUCAAUCGUUUAUUCAGUUAAUCACCAUCAUCACCAAAUUAAAGAGCUUCCUAUCAUUAACUCAUUUUAUUGUGAGUUUCGAGCGUUGGCUUUAACUGCCAUCUAUGAGUCGGCAAAUGAAGAAGAUAAUUCCACUGAAGACUGUUUGUUACCUUUUUUUACAGUCAAGUCACGAUACUUUAUGCUGUGAUGUAAUAAAUUAAAGGCAAAAGAAAGAGUUUACAAUUUUUGAACGCAGAGGGCAGUCAAAAAAUAUUAUUAGCCAACUGUAAAGGUAAUCAGUCUCUAGUUUCAACUGUUUCUUAUUCUGAAUAUUUUUGCAUCUUCAUUUUUUUUGUGCUCCUCCUUUUUAUUAACUCUUUAGUUUGUCUAGUAGUGCUUAUCUUACUUCUGUGCAUCUUUGGCUUUUUCCUUUGCCACAUAAAAGAUUAAUUUGUUCACACAAUGUCCUCUCCAGGUGAUUUUGGGAAUCCUUUGAAAAAAUUCAAAUUGGUCUUUUUAGGAGAACAAUCAGUUGGCAAAACAUCCCUUAUUACAAGAUUUAUGUAUGAUACAUUUGAUAAUACUUACCAGGCUACUAUUGGUAUUGAUUUCUUAUCCAAAACCAUGUACCUCGAGGAGAGGACUGUUCGUCUACAGUUAUGGGAUACAGCAGGUCAAGAAAGAUUCCGAAGCCUUAUUCCAAGUUAUAUAAGAGAUUCAACGGUUGCAGUUGUUGUUUAUGACAUUACAAAUGCCAACUCAUUCCAUCAAACGUCUAAAUGGAUUGAUGAUGUUCGCACUGAAAGAGGUAACGAUGUCAUCAUAAUGUUGGUCGGAAAUAAAACUGAUUUACAGGAUAAAAGACAAGUAUCAACAGAGGAAGGUGAAAAGAGAGCCAAAGAAUUAAAUGUAAUGUUUAUCGAGACAAGCGCUAAAUCAGGAUAUAAUGUGAAACAACUUUUCAGAAGAGUUGCUGCAGCAUUACCUGGAAUGGAACAAACAUCUAAAGUAAAAGAAGAUAUUGUGGAAGUUGAUCUGAAGGAUACUCCUAGUGAAACCCCGCGGGAUGAAAAUAGCUGCUCAUGUUAAUGGUGACAUGAAACCUUCAUAAUGGUGUACAAUUUUACCCUUUAAUAUUAAAGAUUUUGGCGAAUGUUUUUAA